AUGGAUGAUCUAUUGUCAGAAAAAUUAAGCAGAGCUGAAUCAAAUUUAAGCUUUCAUGCAAACAUCAAUAAUACAAAUCUCCUCAAUGAAACAUAAGAAUUAAUACCUAAUUCAACAAAAUUACCUCCAUCAGCAUUAUGUGUAAUAUAUGUUUUAUGCUAAUUAAUGCAAUUAAUGAUUGGAUACUCUUUAGUUUAAAAUAUUGAUGCAAUUACUAUUGCUACAUAAAGAUGUAUUGUUAAAGUAAUCAUUACUUUGAUGUAUAUUCAAUUUUUUGACAAACGUCUUUUUUAGCUAGAUUAAUCAUGUUUCAGAGUGAUAGGUGCUAUGGCAGGAUGUCAAGUUAUUGCUUCCUUAGUUGGAUUCUGGGCAAUGUAUGAUACUAAUUAAUUUAGGUUUUAUUUUCCAUUUUCAGAAAUAUGUGCUUUUCAUUAAUUAACUCCAGGAUAUAUAUAUGUCUUUAAUCAUUUUCUAUAUUAAGCAGGAAAUUAAUUACAUUUAUUCAUUUCCUUAAUGUAAACCUUAUCAACUUUAUUAUUUGGUCAAAAUUUAUUAUAUGUUUUCGUUUGCCUUCUCUAACCAGUAUGUUUGGCAUUUUCUCAUGUAAUUAAAUUCUUGAUGAACAAAUAACUUCCUUUUUUUACUUUGAUGCUAUAUUAGAGUCUUUUAGGUCUACCUGUUUAUAUUAUCCUAAAUCUUAUGGCUUAAGAGGUAUAAAAUAUUUUUUCAGGAGCAUAUUUUCUGUAAUAUAUAUAAUUUAAUCUAUUUUUAGAGAAAUAACUUUCAUGACUAUUUUAUAAAUGAUUGCCUACAUAGCUUAAAAUGAAAUAUAAGCAUAGAAAACUAUAAAAGUGUGGAUACUGCCUGGAGCAGUCACAAUAUUAUCUUUAUUUAUUUAAAUAGGAUAUUAUUAAGUUGUUCUGAAUUAUGGUACUCUUUCUAUCAUUUUUAUUGUAUUUACAUCAAUUAAUAACGAGAAAUGA